GUAUUUUUGCUGAACCAUUUACUGUGAGUGAACCGCCCCCCUUUAAUUAUCCUACUUCAGUCCAUCGUCAAAAUUUAGAGUUGGUCCGUCAUUUCGAUCCCGCUUCCAACUUGAAGAUGUUGUUCCAAAACUUCCUUCAUUCCUUCAUGAGGGUAUUCCUGUGCUUGUGCUUGCCUUUGGCUACCUCCACUGUCAAGGCGAUACCAACUGGUUCUCUGUUGAAAAACCAAAAGGAAUUGAGCUCUCGUGCCCAUAGUGUUCAUGACGAAGCCAAAAGACCAAGUUCUUUCAAGUCAUCCUCCCAGCCAAUCACUUUGUACUUGCCUACAACUGCGCCCAAUGCCGAAAACCUCGUGAAUAAGGGAGGAAAUUUGAAAGAAGUAUAUCAAGAACCCUUUGGAAACUACAGGCGUCUCUUCACGACACUCCCUGAACUGGAUGAAAAGUCUGGAGACUAUGCUGUAGUUGAGUUUUUACUUUCACCGGCAAAAGGUAUACGUAUAGUAGAUGCCAGAAAAAAGAGCUUUUUGAACGCAUUUGGCUGGCCCAAGUUCUUGCAGGAUGUGACAAAGGGCCGGCUUCCAGGUGUAAUUCCUGGUUCGAAGCCUGAUGUCUAUUUUGCGGGUUCAGUCGCUUUACUGUACGGUGAUAAAGUUGCUGAGCCACCUGUAUUGACUUAUGUCACUCACGAAACGGGAAAAACAUUCAAAGAGGCAUGGGUGAAACUACAAAACGGGAAACAGAAAAGGAAGAAGACAAAAGAAUAGUUCAUCUCUACAAUUUGCGUUCUCCUUCUUCCGAGGACCCUGGGAUGCAUUUGCCCAAGUUUUCUUCCAUCUGCCCUGAGCCUUAGAGUUAUGGGCAUCAUCCUUUCUGGAUCGGGCUCUGUAUUUUGCUAUCGUAGGUCAAACAUUAUGAUUCAGUCA